AUGGGUGUCAGAGAAUUCUCCUCCUGGUCAAUAAUAUCUAUGGAAAUCAACAAUGAAAAAUUUAAAGAAUUGCAACAGCCCAAAGACCCUUCAGAGACUAACUGUGUGGAUCUAGGAGUUUUGGAAGGGUGCCUUUGCCUUUGCGUGCUUGUAAAUGAUGUUCAGGAUUAUGUUCAAGUAUGGGUAAUGCAAGAGUAUGGAGUUCGGGAAUCUUGGACUCAAUGUUAUGUCAUUACCCAUGAGAAAAUUGUGAACGCCUAUUGUUUGAGUUUUGGCUAUUCUUUGAAGCUGACGUGGUCUUUUGAGAAUGGCGAGAUGUUAUUUAGGUUACAUGAAGGUAUUCUUGUUUUGUAUGAUCCAAAGCAUGAAAAUGCUAGAGAACCAAACAUUAGUAGUUUAUUUUCAGCGGGAGAAGAAAACUAUUUUGAAAGCUUGGUUUCACUUCACUCUGGUACUUAUGUAGGAGGAGAAGCGGAAAUCAAAGAAUCAAUUGAAACAUGGUGA